AUACAUUUAUUUGAAAGACAUUAUAGUUCAACCAAUAUAAAAGCUGAACUAGAUUCUACUUUUGGUUGAGACUGCCCCUUCGUUGUUAACAGUAAAAUAUUGGGUAGUAUAGUUUCGACGAGACUGUACGAUCUGCGAAGACCAGCAGCGCAGUGAUCGACCAAAUCAACUCCAGAAAAUCCACAAAGCCAUACUGGAUGAUUCUUAUUAUAAAAUUUUUGUGUUUUCGCUGUUGUAACCACAUACUUUUAUGGGUUUUUUGUUUAGAAAUCGCAGAAAUAUAAGAAUAUUUAAUUUUUUAUCUUGAAUAAUGUAAAUAAGUUCAAAUUUUUAUCGUUUAAAGUGAAACUAAAUCAAUGUACCGUUUCUUCAGUAAUCAGUUUUUGAUUUUAAUGUAAAUUAGCAACAUUUUUUCAGAUAUUAUAACAAAAAUAAAAUAGUUAUAUACAUGUCAACCGCAUAUAAAUAGUAAUAACCUUCCUGGAGUCAAUUAAGAGAAAAAAAAACAACAAUAAACCAUAUCUCAAGUACGUUUUUAAUAACUUUGGUAGAGUAUUGAAUAACUGUCCUCGCAUGGUUUAUUAAUUUUUUAAAUUUUUAAAUAAAUUACAUUUUUUUAAGGACAUUUUAGUACCUAAUUUAUCACAAUAACUAUAAUUGAGGUACCUUAUAAACAUACAUAAACAAUUAUAGUACUUACGAUCGUAAAUGAGUUCAAAAGUUCGUACACCCUGUAUUUAUUUUUGCUUAGAAAACAAAUAAUUGUUUGCGAGAAAGUGAUUUUUCCCACAACUAACUUUCCAUUUUCAUCCUGUUUCAUUUUAAGUAUGUCAGAGGGUAAUAAACACUGAGAACCUUUUUAAAAAUUUGAUCGGUUUAUUGGCGUGUACGAUGGAAAAGAGGUCAUUUAUUUGAUGUUAGAAUGCCAGGGUGGAAUUUUUCAUACCUCAGUUUGAAUUUGUUAUUUUGUUAUUAAGGUCCUUCUUCAAAAACCAAAAAUGUCACGUUUACUUUGAUUUUAUGAAAAUUUUUCAAUAAAUCGUGAAUAAUUUCUUCGUAAUUCGUAAUUUUCCCUUUUUUCUUCGUAAUUUUUCCUUUUUUCUUCUUCCCCAAACAUGUUUUCAUCCCCAAAUUUUUGAUGUCCUUCAUCGAAAACCAAAAAUGACUCGUUUACUUUGAUUUUAUAAAAAUUUUCCAAUAAAUCGUAAAUAUUUUCUUUGUAUUCCAUAAUUUUCCCUUUUUUCUUUCCCCAAGAAAUUUUCCAAUGAUUUAGACGUUAGGCAGUUAACAAAAUUAGUUCAGGAUGAACUUGUGUCGUUUUUUUUUCAAUAAUUUGUCUAGUAGCCACCUCUAAAAGUUAAUUACCAUUUUUUGCCCCACUCUACCCUAUUUUUUUCAUAUUUUAAAUUUUUCUUUACGUCAAAUACACCGUAUAAAUUAAUAAUUUUUUUAUUAAAUAAUAACAGGUGGUUUCGAUUGUAAAUAAACAUUUAGAUGAGUGCGAAGCAACCAGAUUAGUUGGGCCAUAAUUGUUGAAUAAAUAAUUUAAAAAAUUGCUAAAUAAAAAUAAAAGUAUCAAAAUAUUUGGAAAUCAAUUAUUGAAACAACAGAUGACGCUUAUUUUGUAUUCAUUUCGACAUUAUUUUUAUAUUCAUGGUUGGAAAAAACAUCGACAGAUUUCCAUCCAGUACUAAAUUGGAUUUUGCAAUUAGUUCUGGCUUUAUUCUUUUUUUGUGACAUCAAGAUUUUCGUGAAUGUUUGGCCUCUGGUUUGGUUUCCUUAGGAAAUUUUCGACGAUAUUCACAAAAUAUUUCCAAGAGACUUUUUCCAGACCAUUUAGCUUUCCUUCUGAUAAUUUAUGAUAUUCAUCGCAAAGACGGAUUUCUUUUUAAAGACGUAAAGAUGACGGAUCGCUUGUUCCCCAAAUGAGCCUCUAGAUCAUUUUUAACAUUCUUUCACUCUGGAGUAUGUGGUACAUGCUUGGACCACAUUUUCUUUGUCUCUGCUGUCCUAUUAGCCAAUGAAACAGCAAUAUUUUUUGUAACCAAACUGUAGCUCAAACAAUAACAUCAAAAUCUCCACAAAAUUUCCAAACAGUAUUUAAUUUUUAUCAAAAAGCAACUUCAUGUUUUUGUUUUAAGUCUCUUUUCAUAUCAUAACCAUGGACCGGUAUUAAAGGAUGUGUACCGAAAGGCAUAUGUCUAAAUUCUGGUUUAGCCCAACAAAAAAAAGUAUAAAUUAAUAAAAAUCUCAAAGUACGGUCCUGUCGUGGUCAAUGAUUCUUUGCCGAGGUUUUUCUAUUCAACUCGUACAACUAACAACGUUAACUUCAGGUCAACAUCAACUUUUAAUCGAAAAAAAAAAAAAAAAAAAUUAAUGUGCGUUAAAUUAGAUGUUUCGUUUUUUAAAUUCAACGCGUACGAAUUUUUUUACAGAAAAAUAUUUAUAAUAAGAAAAUUGUAUUCGUUUAGAAUUAGUAUUAAGCCAUCUGGAAAUCAAUGUGUGAACUAAUAUUCAUUACGUACAAGUGAUUUGUUUGCAGUAUCGAACAGAAAUCAACGAUGAAUGUACUGUUUUUACUAGUUUUAAUUUACUCGACGCAAGCGUUACCAGACGGCGCCCCCACGUCGGUAUGCGAUACCAUGACACCUUUCCACGGAAGUGGAAUACCAUUUCAGAGAUCUCUACCUCCGUACGCGGUGGUAACGAGGCUUCAAAACGACGUCGUGCAAGUUUCUAUCGGUUCAGCGCUCGGAAUCCAAUUCCAAGGGUUCAUGGUACAAGGUAGGACCCUCGACGGUGAUAUACUGGGUACGUUUCAACUACCGGGAGGAAUUCCAGCUCAUACUAUAGAUUGUAACAGAGCAGGAGAUACAGUUACCCACAAUAAAGCCAAUAAAACCGAUCAACUCGAUUUUAUUUGGGUACCACCUGCUGGGUACGAAGGCGACGUCGUAUUUAAUUCGACCAUAGCACAGGAUUAUAGUCAUUUUUGGGUUGGUAUUACAUCCCCGCCCGUUCGAAUCAGACGUAGAUCCGUGUCUGUGGAUUCUUUUUACGAGGGAUGCGGAGUCACUAAAUAUUGUUAUGGAGCUCCAAUCGAUUGCGUUUUUAAUGAAAAUUGUAAAGUCGCGGUUGCGGUUACAUCCGUUGGAGAUGCUUUCGAUUUCGAAUUGAAGGCCAACGGGAAUCCUGUAUGGGUAGGCGUGGGAUUAUCAGAUGAUGCGAAAAUGGGUGACGAUUCCGUUGUGGAAUGCGUUAAAGACAACGGAAGGAUAAGCGCCUUCAUGUCUUGGACUGGGACUAACCCUUACAGAGCUACCAGAUUGGAUGACCCUCAACAAGGGAUCAUCUUACUUAACGCAAGUUCUAAAGGUGACGAACUUUACUGUAAAGUUAGAAGAAAUACUGUUACCAAUAUCAAAGGUAACGUAUUCGAUUUGAGACGAAAUUCCUUCCACGUUUUAGUGGCGUCCGGAAGCGAAUUAAAACCGAAUUCCGUGGGUUUUCAUAAUUUAGAGUUUCUCGCCAGUCCGGAUCCUCAAGUUCUUUCCCCAAAUUCGCAAACGUUAUUUAACGAAAAUCCCCAGGUGGACACAACCACUCCUCCUUAUUUUUCACCACCAGCUACCAACGCGGCUUCCACGGAAUUCGAUCCCUUUUACGAAGGAUGCGAUUAUUACAAAUUGUGUUUUGGUCAUCCGAGAGGUUGCGAAAAAACUCGGAACUGUAAAGCGGUAACUGCGAUAACAGUGACAGGGGAUAAAUACGAUUUUGAGAUGAAAGCCGAUGGAAAUGCCGGUUGGGUUGGAGUUGGAUUAUCAGAUGAUUCUAAAAUGGGCGAUGAUUCUGUUAUAGAAUGUGUUAAAGACGGAAACAGACUUAGGACUUAUAUGUCUUGGACUAAUAAUCGUCCAUAUGGAGCUACUAGAUUGAAUAAUCCCCAACUCGGCAUCGAGCUACUCAAUUCCAGUAUGAUCGACGACUCUAUUUAUUGUAAAGUGAGACGAAACGUCGUCACCAAUGUAAACGGAGUAAUUUUUGAUCUGGCGCGUGAUUCUUAUCACGUUCUGGUUGCUUCAGGAUCCCAAGUUAAACAGAAUGGUGUGGGUUACCACGAUUUGGUAUUUUCGGCUAGCGGAGAUAAACGAGCUCUAUCGGAUACAUCCGAAGUGAAAGCGGCUUCUAAAUUGCUCAUACAUCUUCAUGGAGCGUUCAUGUUAGUCGCGUGGAUAGGGACGACUUCAAUCGGUGUUUUGUUGGCGAGAUAUUUCAGACAAACUUGGGUUGGAAGUACUUUGAUGGGAAAAGAUAUUUGGUUCGCGUGGCAUAGGAUAUUCAUGGUAUCGACAUGGCUUUUGACUAUGGCAGCUUUCGUAAUCAUCUUCGUAGAAUUAAAAGCGUGGUCUUUGGAGAAGAAUCCGCACGCUAUCCUAGGUACCGUCACGACGAUUUUGUGUUUAUUCCAACCGAUCGGAGCGUACUUUAGACCUCAUCCUGGUACUACUUAUAGACCGCUCUUCAAUUGGGCUCAUUGGUUAGCAGGAAACGCCGCCCAUAUUAUAGGAAUUGUUGCUAUAUUUUUUGCCGUUCGACUCACAAAAGCCGAGUUACCAGAAGAAGUUGAUUACAUUUUAGUAGCAUACGUCAUAGUUCACGUGGUGACGCACUUAAUAUUAUCGCUGUUAUACUGUGUUUCGGAAAAAUCAUCAGACAGUCGAGUAUCUUCUUUUCCAAUGAAAGAUCUUGGAGGUACUGGAAGAAAUUCCCUUUAUAAUGAAAGGAGUUUAGAUGCAAGGUUUUCUUCAAGCAGAAAAGUCAUACUGGGAUUGUACAUCGUUAUAAUAGUGAUUCUAGUCGUAGCUUUAGUACUCAUCACUAUAUAUGCACCAAAAUGGCCGUUCGUAAACGCCUAAAUUCGAAAUUAUAAUUUCGAAUUUUGAUAGUGUGCCAGUUUCGUAAACAAAACUGAUAUUUAUAUAAAAAAAACUCACCCUUAAAGUCUUAAUUAAUGAUUGUAUAUUGGUAGCUGAUUUCACUUUCACAACGCUAUAUAUUUCUGAGAUACAAGAUCCUUUUGAUAGGAUGUGUUCACCUAGUCAAAGUUCACUUUUGAAAUCCAAAUUUUCACAAUUUAAAAGUUUGAAACUUGAAAUUAGUUAAAAACUUGCAAAAACUGCUUUAGGGGGGAUUAUUUUGGACAGAUGGAAAAAGCAUAUGAUGUGGUAGUAUUGGUAAAACAUAGUCAGGUCAACAACCUAUCUUCGAUGCUCUGAACUAUCCAUUUUUCUGAUCAACUCUGGAUCUCUUCUGUAUUGGGUGGAGCAUCCUCGAGGUAUACUAGGGAGUCCUAGCUCCAAAAGUGCGAGAAAUACUCUAAAGAUGGACCAAUCUCUGCUUUGGUUGAGGACUAGAAGCUGUUACUACUUCUUGCUUCGAGCCUCAACAGCUCACAAGCAAUUUCGCAAGCCUUCUUUAUAAACUUAGUAUCUUGUGUCUUUGUUGCAUUGAACUAAAUCAGAUUGCUUCUAGCCCCACUCUCAAAUGUUUUCUAGAUCAAUAUCAUUGAUCUGGAUGGAUCAGUCAUUGAGAAAGCUGCUGAUCCAAUUGAUAGCUAAAGACGACAAACCGUAUAAUGUUAAUUUAAUUAGAAAAGUUGUCAUGUUAGACCAUGUCAAAAGCCUUCGAUAUAUCCUAGUUGGUGACAUAGGCCAGGAUUGAUCUAUGUUCUAGUAAAGGACUUUCUCUAUGACCGUUUUUUUGUAUGGGCUGAACAUGGGCAAGUUUCCGAUCUGUAGGGGAUAUUCUUUUAUAUGAUGAAGAAAAGAGUUUGCAUAGCGGAUCUGCUAGUUCAACAGAUCCAUUGAUGAAAAGAAUUUGCAUAGAGGAUCUGUUAGUUUAACUGGUCCAUCUGGUCUACAACUGAUCCAUCUGGUUCAGAGGCUUUAUUGAUGACUAAGGUCUAUCGUUACUUAUUAUGAGCUCAAUUUUCUCAAAGUUUUUUGCAUCUCAAAAUAUAUAGAGCUUCCGAGGAGCAAUAUUUAUUAAAAUGUUUCAAAGAGAUCAUCUUUUUUUAUUUAAUAUAAUUUUAUAAACCGUAUUUACGUAACUAAAACUGGUGUCUAACAUUUUUAAAGUUUAGUUAAGACGUAGUAAUUUCGGUUUUUAAAGUGAGUUUAUUAAAAAUAUGGUUCUUGUGGAAACUAUUGCACUAAUUUAGAGCGUUAAAAUCAAAAAAGAAAUUUCAUUAGAACGAUGAGUCAAAUUUUUCAACCAAACUGCCAAUUUCUGAUUUAUUAUCGAUUUUUAUUCGAUCAUCUGUAUUCGAUAUUAUCGAUUGUUGAUUUAAAAUAUAUAAACAACUCAGAUUUAUAUAUAUUAAAUAUAAGACUGGGACUUAUCUAUGGAAAUCCGGGAUGGUUGCAGCCCUCAACUGAAUUCCCAGUUGUUGGAGUUGAGUUAAAUUUGUUUGUCCUUUAAGUGUGGUUAAAAUUCCAACCUGACAGCUGUAGAACUGUGGGAAAAAAUAAAAUGCGGAAGGAAUUGGGAACAUAGAUGGAAAUUAAUGAAGAAGAAACGAGUGGGUGGAACAGAUUUGAAUAAAAAGGAACUUACGCUAGGUGGCGCACUUGAAAACGAAAAAAAAAAUAUAAAAUUGACGGCGUCAAUUCUGCACACAUCAGACAAAAAAAACCGAAAUUAUUAUUUUCUCAAUCUACCAUUUUUAUAAAGAAUUUAUAUAUAAUUGUUAGUUGUUUUUUCGUUGUAAAUAAAUUUUUUAAUUUGU